UGAAAAUCGUAUUUGCUGGAGAGUUGGAUUGAAAACAUGUUACAUUAUUAUAACUUAAGUGUUUCAUAAAAACUUAAAUUCCAUAAAACCUAAAUUAAUUUGUAAAACUUUCACAAAAAUCCAAGUUCCUUGAAGGAACUUUCUUCACUUUGUUAAGCAGACUUUUCCACUCAUCUUCCUAAGUUAUGAACAACUAUGGAUCGAUUGGUGAGAAGUCAGACAUGGAGAAGGAUGACAUUAGCUUGUCGGAUCCAGGGGCCAAACCGGGCAAUGGUUCCAAAAAAGACCAAAACUUAGACGAUAAAAGUGCCUCGACGUCCAUGGAUCCCAUUGAGACUCCUAUUGAGGAGGCCCUGGAGAAUGCAGGGCUCACCUGGGUUCAUUUUAAGCUCCUGGUGAUCAUGGGAGUGAUAGUUAUGAGUGAUUACAUCGAGUUGGAGGUCAACUCACUACUAGGUCCUGUGCUGCUCUGUGAGUGGGAAAUUUCUGCCUUCCAGGAGGCUCUUCUCACCUCUUCUACUUACAUCGGAAUGUGUGUCGGGGCCGCUUUGUGGGGAAAAUUCUCCGACAAAUACGGUCGGAGGGUGGUGCUCCAAAUUUGCAGUCUAAUCGGAACAUUCAGUGUCAUCGUGAGUGCCACCAGUCAGGGUCCCAAUCUCUUCGCAACCUCUCGAUUCGUCGGCGGAUUUGCAGUCGGCGGAAUGCACAUCGCUUACACAUUCGUAUCCGAAUGCUUCGGUGCUCGGCUGCGCGCCAAAGCCGUCUUUAUUUUAUUCAUCGCCCAUUAUAGUGGUUCAAUUAUAGGAGCAGUGCUGGCAUUUUUCAUGCUUCCCGAAGGGGGUUUCGGGGGCUGGCGACUAUUCAUUAUUUUCACGACUACGCCGAUGUUUAUGAUAUUCAUAUUAGUGACUCAUUUUUGCCCCGAGAGCCCCAGAUUUCUUCUCAUUUCAGGCGAAUCAAAAAAAGCUCUCGAAGUCAUACAGAGCUUCAAUAGAAAACAAAAUGAAAAUAUCAUAUUGGCGCCUAUUGUAGUUAAGAACCGAGGCUCAGUUGGCGAUUUAUUCAGGAAUUUGGAACAGUCCAUACUUUUGGUGUCAAUUUGCUCAGCUUUUUUCUUUCUUCGUUUUCAAAGUCUGGGACUCACUUUGCUGUAUUACGAAAAUUUACAAAAUCCGAAUGCUGACCAAAACUGUGACAUUUUUGUCGAGACUUAUGAAAAAGAAAACGAAUGCGAACUUCUGAAAUCUUCUGACUACUUGCAAAACAUUUUGUUCACAAAUGCUCAGCUCGUUUCCGCAAUUGUAAGCACGACUUUAGCUGACGCUUUCGGCCGAAGGUUCGCAAUGUAUUCCACAUCAUCACUUGGUACAAUCUCUUUGGGCUUGCUUCUCUUUUGCAUGCCGAGUAUUCUGCUCACGUUUUCAGCAAUGGUUGCCAAAUUCCUUAUCUUAGCUUCAAUAAUGGUGAUAUUUUUGUAUGUAAACGAGCUCUAUCCUACUUACAUCCGAUCUCUAGCGCUUGGCUGUGUCGAGUCGGCUUCUCGGUUCGGCUUGAUUCUCUCCCCGUUCGUCGCCCAAUUUCUCUCCAAAACGAGUUAUCCGAUUGCACUUUCUAUCUAUAUUUUGUCGGGUGUUGUUGCGGUUAUUUUGUUGCAAGCUGCAAAAGAAGAGACCAAAAAUCGAGUUUCAGAGGAUUCUGACCUGAUAGAUGAAAACUUGAAAAAAUGAGCCUUA